GGAACCAGACGCUCUGUAGCUUCAGCUGCCCAAACAUCCUGUAGGAGAGGGAGCCGGUGGUCACGGAGGUGCGCAUGCGUUGGCCGCCUUUGCAGACUCAGGGCAGCACUGACGGGCACGGGGGCAGGGUCGGUGUAGACCGGGCGCAGGAUGGACGAGGACGUGCUGACCACUCUGAAGAUACUCAUCAUCGGCGAGAGUGGGGUGGGCAAGUCCAGCCUGCUCCUGAGGUUCACAGAUGACACCUUUGAUCCAGAACUUGCAGCAACAAUAGGUGUUGACUUUAAGGUGAAAACGAUUUCAGUGGAUGGAAAUAAGGCUAAACUUGCAAUAUGGGAUACAGCUGGUCAAGAGAGGUUCAGAACAUUAACUCCCAGCUAUUAUAGAGGUGCACAGGGAGUUAUACUAGUCUAUGAUGUCACAAGAAGAGACACCUUUGUUAAACUGGAUAAUUGGUUAAAUGAAUUGGAAACAUACUGUACAAGAAAUGACAUAGUAAACAUGCUAGUUGGAAAUAAAAUUGAUAAGGAAAACCGUGAAGUAGAUAGAAAUGAAGGCUUGAAAUUUGCACGCAAGCAUUCUAUGUUGUUCAUAGAGGCAAGUGCAAAAACCUGUGAUGGUGUUCAGUGUGCCUUUGAGGAGCUUGUUGAAAAGAUCAUU